CGGAAAGAGAGAGUCACUUUCAAGAGACGAAACGAGUAGUGCGCCAUUAAUCCUGCUCCUCUAGAUACCGGAAAAACAACACCUGUCGCACACCAACAUCUGUGUUACGGGUUAACUCUUUGAUUUUACAUUAGACACGUUUGGGAACGCUACUUUUUCAAAUAUAUUCAACAUGGUAACCAGGAUAGAGGACACACAGAGCCGAGCUUUCAACUCUAAGCAGAGCAGUGUCAUGUAGAGAAGCUCCUUACUGACUUUCUCACAGUCAUGGAGCUGAAGGUGUGGGUGGAUGGCAUUCCACGUGUCGUCUGCGGCCUAUCAGAAGAAACAUCUUGUCAGGAUGUAGUCAUUGCUCUUGCCCAGGCUAUAGGGCAAACUGGUCGUUACGUUCUCAUCCAGAAACUACGGGAUAAGGAACGGCAGCUUGUGGCCAGUGAACGCCCAUUGGAGUCCCUGGCGAAGCUGGGCCAAUUAGGCAAUGAAGUGCAAUUCAUCCUACGGCGCACCGGCCCCACAAGCAGUGAAGCCUCAGAGCAAGGUCGAGUCCCGCAAUUACCCAGACCUCCAGAUCCAGAGCCCCCCAAACACAAAGAGCCAAAAAAAGCUCUUACUUUCAAUCUGGGGCCCUCCACAUCACCCCGAACUCAUGUAAAACAGGUUGAAAAAACGCCCAAAGACUCUCAAGCACGAGGGGCGUCCCCAUCUCUGCCCUCAUCUCUUGCCCAAGCUGGUCCAUCUAAAGAGACACUUUAUCAGCAGAUUCUACGACAACAAGGGCAGCUACAGUUUUUGCAGGGACAGGUGGAGGCUCUAGAGAGGGAGCUGAGUAUUUGGGAGCGAGCUCCUCCUCCAACCCUUUCCCCUGACCUCCUCGAGGAAAUGGACCACCUACAGCAGCAUUUAAGGCAGAACGAGGCAGAGUUGGCCCACGCGCUGCACUGGGACAAUGAAUUUCAGUCUGAAGUUCAAAAAGAAAAGGACAUGCUACGGCAAAAAAACGAACUCCAUUUAGCUCUAGACAAACACAGUCGAAGGUUGCAUGACACAGACAACCAAUCGGAGCAGCUGGAGCAAGAUCUUAAGCUGCUUAUUGAAACCAAGAGAAAUGGUGUGCUUCAAGCUAGACCCAGUGUUGAAGAAUCUGUACUUAUAGCGAAAGAACAACUGGACAACCAUCAGCGUCAUGGAACUGACCUGCAGGCAUCAAUUGAAGAGAUAGAAAUGGAGUUAAGGCUGGCAGAAGAACAACUGCAGUUUAAAAGCAAGGAACUGGAUGAUCUGAAUAAGGAGCUGCGCCAGUGUAACCUGCAACAAUUCAUCCAGCAAACAGGAGUCACUCCAGCACAAUCCAAUCAGCAAACCGAAGAGAUCGAUUUUUCUCUCCUCAAGCCUGAUGGACAGAGUGAUGAAGAUUCAAAUUCCUCCAUCUUGGAGUUUAACCCUCGUACCACUGCCAAGCAAAUCUUGGGGAACCCACGCAGCCUCCAGAACCCACUUGUCUCCAGCCUUCAUCCAGAGGUCCUGUCAUCAAGAGAGACAUCAUGGCGAUAAAGUCUGGAGUACAACCUUGAGGAAUGAUUCAAUGUUCACUUUAUAUUAUGUCUACUUUAUUUUUGUCUGAAUAUGUUAAUUAUAUUUCCUUUUGUAUAAUAUUCUGUGAAAUGUAUUUGUGAACACAAGAAUAAGUCUAUGUAAAUACAGUCCUGUCUUUGUAAUUAUGAAACAUUAAGAUUUUUAAAUGUAUUUUAACACUUUACAUAUAUUUCAUGAACUAAAAACAUAGCAAAAUAAAAAGAAAUGAUGACAAGUU